CAGGCGGGGGAGGGGUUUUUUCUCGACCCCCCACGCCGUCGCCUCCUCAGGUGAGUCUACCUUUCGCAAGUGCCUUUUGCCCUUUCCCCACCUCCCCCCCCCCCUGUUGUUGCUUGCCCAAAUGUCGCACCUGUCCUCCUUCUUCCGGACGGUGCAUAUCCACUCGCCGGGCCUGAUCGGCCGUUCGGCCGCCCGGCGCUUCCACAGCCCCACCAGCGCUCCGAGCCAGCACUCGCCGCAGGGCAACGCCUGGGGCAGCGUUUUCGGCGGGCAGUCGGUCCACCCGUCGCCGCCGAAUCCGGGCGCUGCGCGGCCCAUGGGCGGCGCUCCGCCCCGGUACCAGCCGCCGCCGCCGCACCUGCGCCAGAUGGGCCGGCCGCCUGGCGGCCCGUCGGCCGGUGCGCCGUCCGGCUCUCGGCCGAGCCACGGCCGGCCAGGCGGUGGCAGUGGCGGCGGCGCGGGUCGGCCCGGCUGGCCUGGCCAUUCCGGCCGCCAUGGCCAGCCCACCCCGCCGGCUCAGCCCUCCGGCAGCAAGUUCCUCUAUCUGGGCCUGGCGGCGGCCCUGGCACUGGUCAUGUCGCUAGAUCGGGUCACGGAGACCGGCCGCGUGCGGGUGAACUUCAUUUCCCCGAACACCAUGAAGAUGAUCGAGACCCGCGUGCGCGGCGCCGCCCUCAAGGACAUCAAGGGCGCCCAGCUGCCGCCCAACCAUCCGUUUGUCCAGCAGGUCGCCCAGGUGUCCAAAGCCCUGCUGGUGGCCGCCCAGCAGGACCCGGGCCAGUGGAAUAUUGUGGUCCUGGACAAGGACGUGGCCAAUGCCUUUGUGACUCCCUUCCGCGAUAUUGUCAUCUUCUCCGGUCUUCAGGAGAUCACCCAGGACGAGAAUGGCCUGGCCACGGUCAUCGGCCAUGAGAUCUCCCACUACAUGCUGGACCACCAUGCCGAGAGCAUCUCCAUGCAGAUCCUGAGCAACAUCGCGCGCCUGGCCCUGGCUGCCUUCGAUGGUGGCGCGCUGUCGGGCACUCGCUUCUUCGAUGUUCUCUUCAACCUGCCCUUCUCGCGCAGCUGCGAGCGCGAGGCUGACCAUCUUGGUGUUCUCCUCAUGGCUCGGGCCUGCUACGAUCCGUCGGAAGCGUCGUCGGUAUGGGCGCGCAUGCGCUCGCACGAGGGGCGCCUGUCGAACUCGCCGGUCGCGGCGCGGCUUGGCUCGCUCCUCAACUCCCACCCGAGUAGCAUCGAGCGCGAGGCCAACAUCAAUUCCCACCUGCCGGAGGCCCGCUUCCACCGGAAGCUGGCUCGGUGUGAUGUGUCGCAGCAAACGCGCGACGGCUUCAGCCGGUUUGCCUCCUCCUUCUUCUCGGAUCGCCCCUCGAUGUUUGACUCGUCCAUGGAGGCCGAGGAGCUGCGCGAUGUCUCCGGCCACAUUCCGCCUCUUUUUGGCCAGCGCCUGAAGGAGCCCAAGGACAUCUACAUCGAGUAGGGCAACAAGGGGACCGGCUGCCUUUCGAGGGAUAUCGUGCUCUCCUGCCCUCUUUUUCCCCCCCCCCCCCCCCCCCCCCCC